CUCUGAACCGGUGGCCUCCACAUCAAUGGGAGCAAGGAAGAAGGUGAAACUUUCCUCGCAUUUCAACUUUGCUUCUCAUCAAGUUUUGAAUUCACAAUUGGACCAGAGUGCUCCGUUAACCGAUUGUUCUCCGCCGGUGUCGAAUCCUAAUAAAGAUGUAAUGGAGAUGUUGCAUCACAUUUUUAGUAAGCAGUGUGACCUAGAGGCCCGGAUGGACAAGAUAGAAGAGAAUAUGAUCCAAAAACCUGACAUGUUGGCACAUCAUAAAGCCGUUAGGGAGACAAAAGUGCUCACCAAAAAGGUGCAUCAGAUUAUAUGCAAAAUAAGUGGAGAGACUGGAGAGGAUCUCCAUAAUGAGCUCAACGACAUCCUGCCUAUGAUGUCCAUUGACGCCGUUUUUGACAUGGAGGGGUAGCUCCAUGAUACAACCUACCAGGACGCGGUUUCUUCGUACUUGUACAUAAUGAAAGGAGCCACCGGGGACAUUGAUUCAGUUAUUAAACGAAUUUUUAGCGACGAGGUCCUCGGCUUGUUCAACUGGGACGGACGUUGCAACAAAAAGGCCCUGUCCAAGCUAAAGCUAGUUGGCACUGUUCUUUUUGGUAAUUUCUGUAAUUUUUCGAAUUUAUUAAACAGUUUUACAUUGAAUUUGUAUUCCUUUUUCGGCAGACAUUUUUAAACUCCAAGGAAGAAAGAAUAACUUUUGAAAAGGAAGUAAGAAAAUUAGUGGAAUUAAGUCAUAAUCGCAUUAAGCAGAAAAAGUACUUGUCCAAACAAAACAUUAGUUUGUGAAUUGAUCAAUGAUAACAUUUCGAUCUAUACUUAUACUUAUAACUUAUACUUAUACUUAACUAUACUUAUACAUAUACUAAUAUUUAUAAUAACAUAAAUAUUUGUAUUCUAUGUAUUUAUGUACAGUGGCUCAAAGCCAAAAUGGAAAACACCAAACAUUUUUUCUUUUAUAAUAUUUACAAAGAUUUUCAUGUUAAAUAAUUUCUGUAUUUUUUUUUAAUAUAGUACAAUAUACAAAAACCAUGAAAGCUAAAAUUCCAAAGUUUGUACAAAAACUAGGAAAAUUCGACAAAAUUUUCAUGAAAACUUCUAACUUUUUGAUCAGUUCUUUCAGAAAUAUUUCUGGUUUGCAGUUUUGUGCCCAUUAUACGUUAGUAUAAUGUGUAAGUAUUUCUAAAAAAUCUUUUUUAUAAACAAGAUAGAACUUUUCAUUAAAACUGUCGAAUUUUCCAAAAAAAAAAUUUUUAAUAUUUACAAAGUUUUCAUGUUAGAUCAUAGAACAACAAAAACAUAAAAGCUAAAGUGUACAAAAGCUAGGAAAAUUCGACGAAAUUUUCAUGAAAAUUUCUAACUUUUUGAUCAGUUCUUUCAGAAAUAUUUCUGGUAUGCAGUUUUGCUCUCAUUAUACUUUAGUAUAAUGUGUAAGUAUUUCUAAAAAAUCUUUUUUAUAAACAAGUUGGAAGUUUUCUUAAAAUUUUGUCGAAUUUUCCUAGUUUUUUUUUCAAACUUUGGAAUUGGGUUUGGUGUUCUAUGAGCUUUAUUUUUAUUAAAAAUUACAAUAAUUAUUCAACNAACAUGAAAAAAGUUGUAAAUAUUAACAAAAAAUUG